AUGGGCAAGAACAAGAAUGCAGACCGCGCACUGAGACAGGAAGAGAUAUGGGAUGAUUCCGCCCUCGUGCAGAGCUGGGACGAAGCGGUCGAAGAGUACAAGCUCUACCACAGCAUCCACGCCAAGGGCGAGAACGUCGAAGAUGUCCUGCGAGAGGCAGAAGCCGCAGACCGCGAGAUGGAGCAUGCGGAGGAGCCGCAAGCCGAUACAGCAGCCGGUGGCGGCGUCAUGGACGCAGCAGACGUGAAUCCGCUGGCGGCGACGUCCCAGCAAAGUGCGCAGGAGGAUGUGAUGAAGGUAUGUGCGCCCGGUGACUACGAGGCGCGCCCUCCGACGGAGGCUGCGCCCGCGGGAGCGCCUGCGAUGCCACACCCGGCUCUAGCACAGGUUCAAGACGAGGGGCUCAAGAACCUGAUGAUGGCCUGGUAUUACGCCGGGUACUACACGGGUCUCUAUGAAGGACAACAGCGCGGAAAUCAGAAUACGAGCUCCUCCUGA